AUUAUACAAGCAGCAGCACAAGCAGCACGUCGAAACUCACGUUAUCUAAGUGCUGAAGAUCUGAUAUUCCUCAUGCGACAUGAUCGUGCUAAAGUCAACCGACUACGUUCCUUUCUUAGUUGGAAAGAUGUUCGUAAAAACGCCAAAGACGCCUCAGGAGACCAAGUAGAAGAUGUGGUCGAAGAAACAAACACAGGCAAGAUCCAUCGUAGCAUCAUCAAGUUACCAUGGGAACUGGUGAAUCAAUUUACAGAUGUCAUUGUCAAAUCGAUCAAUGGCGACGAUGAAUCAGAAGAUGAAGACGAAAUAGAAGCCUAUAAUGAUUCCAUUCAACGUCUGAAAGAAGCAGACGAUGUGACUCGUGCCAUGACGCGGGAAGAAUAUGUGCAUUAUUCAGAAUGUAGGCAGGCCUCUUUUACCUAUCGUAAAAGCAAACGGUUUCGAGACUGGGCCUGUAUGAGUUCAAUUGUUGAAGUAAAACCGAAUGAUGAUAUUGUCGAUAGUUUGGGAUUCUUAACGUAUGAGAUGGUCAGUAAAUUGACAACUACCGCCAUUCAAAUUAAACGAGAUUUAAUGCAAGCAUCGGGGCAGAAAGAAGAAGAACCUAUUUCUCUAGGACUCAAACGGAAAAGAGAAGGAGAAGAAAGCCCUUCUCCACAGCCAGAAGAGGAUAAAGAAGAUGAAGAGCAUGGCUUGUUCUCUUUACCGAGUACAGAACAAACACCCUUGUUGACAGAACAUGUACUAGAAGCAUUUCGAAGACUGCAACAAGUACCACAACCCACACGUAAUUUCCGUGGUGGACUAGUGCGUACAAGGAUCUCCUUGAUCUAG